UUCAGAUGACUCGGAAGAUUUUAAUUGAAUGUUCUUCUAAUAAUGAUGCUCCGAUAUUUUCUUUGGCCUGGCACUGCACUGGGAACUAUAUACUGACCUCCAUCGCUCCACCUGGAAACUACGUCAUACUUGUGGAUACCCGGGUUGAUAUUUUUGCUCUAUUUCAGGACUCUACGUUUAGACGGAUAACGUUAAAUUCUUCGGUACAGUACAUUUCGUGGGAUACUAUUAAUCCGGAACAGUUUUUUGUUGGAGGGAAUGGAGGAUGUCUACAUCUGGCUAAAAUAAGUGGAGAAAUUGUGUUUACACAUCAGGGAUAUAGAGCUGUGGGAUUGCACUGUACGAAGACGGGGAUGGCUCUUAUUGCCGACUCUCAUCGACGAGUCGUAUCGUGUAAUCUGAUCAACAUGAGUUUUGACACUCUCUUCCAGGAGGAGAGAAGCAUUGUGGCCAUGGAACUUGAUUCGAAAGAAGAGUACAUUGCCCUCACGCUUCAUAAUUCAGUUCAAAAUGAAAUAUAUUGA